GCCAGUCUCUCCAUAGUGUGUGAGAGUGGGCGGUGCGGUGCAGAGCAGCGGGUGUUGCUUAGCGGCAGGCAGGAGACAGCAGGAAGGAAAGGCGGGUUCAACGAGUUUGUUAGGAAGGAAGGAGUAGAAGGAGGGGGAGCCGCCUGCCCACAUUCACUGUAUCCGCCUCGAUCAGCACACUCGUGUUGCACCUGCGCAGAAGAAGGACCAGGAUUGGUUUGUGGGGCGUUCUCAACUUGUUCCAACCAAUCCAGAUGUGCCGGGGGUGGGGUCCUGACUCUCACUGGCUGGCGCUGCGUCUGCGCGCGGGUUUCGUCGUCCACAGCUGUUCGCGCGUGUAGUGCAAGCUAGCGCCAUGGAGUCGGGGUUGGUUGGGCGCUUAGCCCCGCGCCUGGGCCUCACUAAACCUGAAGUGCUGAGAAAAGCAGAGGAGUACUUGAGACUGUCCCAGGUGAAGUGCAUUGGUUUAUCUGCACAUAUCACAGAAACCAGUAAUGCAGUCAUGUGCCUGGACCUUGCUGCUUCCUGGAUGAAAUGCCCCUUGGACAGGCCUUAUUUAAUUAAACUUUCUGGUUUGAACAAGAAGACGUAUCAGAGCUGUCUUAAAUCUUUUGAGUGUUUACUGGGCCUGAAUUCAAAUGUUGGAAUAAGAGACCUAGCUGUACAAUUUAGCUGUACAGAAGCAGUGAACAUGGCUUCAAAGAUACUUCAAAGCUACGAGUCCAGUCUUCCCCAGACACAACAAGUAGAUCUUGACUUAUCCAGGCCACUUUUCACCACUGCUGCACUACUUACAGCAUGCAAGAUUCUAAAGUUAAAAGUGGAUAAAAACAAAAUGGCAGCCACAUCUGGAGUAAAAAGAGCCAUAUUUGAUCGACUAUGUAAACAAUUAGAGAAGAUUGGGCAGCAAAUUGACAAUAGAGAACCUGGAUAUUUAUCUAGUCCACCCCAGAAGAAAAAGAAAACAGUGGUUGAACCACCAGUGAAGGAAAUAGAAAAAGUAGUAGAGAUCCCACAUACAUCUCAGAAAGAUGAAGAUCUGACACAGGACUAUGAAGAAUGGAAAAGGAAAAUUUUAGAAAAUGCUACCAAAGCUCAAAAGACUACAGCAAAGUGAUUGCAGUUUCCAGACUGAUUGCAGUUGUCACCAGUUUGGAAGAAUCUUUGUUAGGCCAGAAUCUGUCUAUUAUUGCAGGGGGAGAGAACAAGUUCCUGUUCGCUGAGCCUUAUUGCUCACCAACACCCAAGCUCAAGUCCCACUCGGCCAAUCAUAAUCAAGCAAUAUACCAAGGUUUAUUUUCCUUAAACCAUCUUGUCCUAUUGUCCCAGGUAUGGAAUACCUAUAAAAACUUAAACUGAAAAACAUGUACCACUUAUAAUAACUUUGAAAUAAUAUUUGAAUAUUAUGCUCAUAGAAUUAAAAACUUGGGACUUAACGGGUUAAAAUCUACACACUUCAAAAUGUAACCUUCAUAAACAGUACUUAAUUUUAAAUUAUGGAAAGGUCUAUUAUAGAGGUUAGGAAGUUGCUUGGCAUCAUGCCACACAUGAUUUUAAAUAAAAUUAAAAAUAUAUGAUCUAAUUCAAUAUUUCCAUGAUGGUAUGAAUUUCCAUGAUGAUAUAAUUGCAUUCAGUUUUAAAAUCUAUUCACAUUGGCCUCAGAAAUAAUAUUUGCUUUUUGUCUGCUACAAGUGGAAUGACUCAGGGUGUAUUUUUUUCUCUCCCACCUUUUUUAAUUCUAGAAAUUUAUCAAACUAAAGCUAAAGGAAUACCAUAGUCAUAUUACCCCAACAAAGGCAUAUUUGGCAAACCCCAUGGUAUUGGGAAAUGAACAUGAGCUUUAGAACCACACACACUUGGAUUUAAAUUCUGGCCAGGAGUGAUGGUACAUGCCAGUAAUCCAACAGCUUGGGGGAACAUAAGUUCCAUAAUUUUUAAAAUGAAAAUUUAAGUGAUUUAGUCAGGAAGAUUGCAGGUUUGUAGCUAUCCUCAACAACUUAGCAAGGCUAUAAGCAACCUAGUGAGACCCUGUCUCAAAAGAAGGUGAAGAUGUGGCUCAGUGGUUAAGCGAUCCUUAGUUCAAUUCAUGGUACAAAAAAUUAAAAUAAAUGAAUUCUGUCUCUGCCACUUCUCUCCUAAGAGUUCAACACUUUAAUAAGCCUGUUUAAUGCUUAUAAAAUACAUGACAUAUAGGAGGUAUCCACUAAGUAGUAGCUUUUGUUAUUAAUUUUAAUAUGGAUAAGGGGAUCAUCCCUAUUUAUUUUAAAAGCUUACAUAAUUUGUUUUUAUUUGGUGCCAAUAUUUAGAUUUCUAGCUUUGAACCAAAAGCAAUGUAUUCACAGGGUCACAUGCUAGGCAAACGCUUUACUACUGAGCUAUAUCCCCAGUCCUCCCUUUUUUAAGUGUACUGUUCAGCAGGGUGUCUUGAUCCAAAUGCCCUUUUAGGGCAGGAGUCCAUUAUUUUGCAACCAAUCUCCAGAAUUUUUUUCAUCUUACAAAAUUGCCAAUUAAACAAUUCCCCAUUCUUCCCUCUCCCAGUCCUCAGACACAUUCUUUUUGUCUCUGAAUUUGAUUAGGUACUUCAUAUAAGGUAUUUCUUUGAGAUUGAUUUAUUUUACUUAGCAUAAUGUCUUUAAGAUUCAUCCAUAUUGUAGCAUGUCAGAAUAUCCUUCCUUUUCAAGGUUGAAUAGUUAGUCCAUUUACUUUUUCCCCAUCUAUUCAUGAAUCAAUGAGAUGCAUGUGUUGCUUCCUCUUGGUGGUUAUGACUAAUGCUUCUGUGAACAUGGAUUUGUAAAUACUUCUUGGCAAUACUGGUUUCAGUUCUUCUGGCUAUGUACCCAGAAGUGGUGUUAUUGAAACAUGGUUAUUCUAUUUUUAAAUUUUUGAGGAGCCAUCAUAUUGUCCAUUUUACAUUUCCAUCAUUAGUUCCCAUCAAUAGUCCCUACAUGCUCACCAAUGCCGAUUAUUUUUGUUUUAUUUUCCUGUGUUGGUUUUGGUUUUAGGUUUUUUUCAUAGUUUCCUUCUUAGUAGAUGUGAGGUGUUAUCUCAUUGUGAUUUUAAUUUGCAUUUCCUAAUGAUUAUGUGAAGCAUGUUUUCAUGUGUUUAGUAACUCUUCAUAUUUUCUUUGUAGAAAUGUCUAUUCAAGUCCUUUGCCCUUUUUUCAGUAGGGUUGUUUAGUUUUUGUUGUUGGGUUGUAGUUCGUUAUAUAUUAUAGAUACUAACCUUUAUAUAUUGGGGAAAUUGGAAAAUGUUUUAUCUUGUUCCUUAGAUUGUCUUUUCACUCUGUUAUCUCUCUCAUGCAGUUUUUAAUUUUGAUAUAAUCUACUUGGUCUAUUUUUACUUUUGUUGCCUGUGCAUUUUGCUCAUGUUCCAAAGAAAUCAUUGCCAAAUCCAA